GUCUUAGUGGGGGGCAAGGAAGCAAGCAAGUGAAUUGCGUGUUCUCGUUUUGCCCAUCGUGUGCUAUGGCUGCCACCAUUUGGUAAUGAACGCAGCAAAGGCUGCCAUCUGAGUCAUGGAUUCUGCAUCAUAUUCAGUAAGUGCGUCCAAUGGUGAUCGCCGCAUUGAUGCUCCUACAUCAUCCACAUGAGUAGGUGCAAAUCAUGGCACUGCGUGAGGAUCUGAUUCUAUAAUUGAAUCUCCUGAUUUGACUUUCCAAGCCUGCUGUGUAUGUGUGUGUUUAUGCUUUGUCCGCGUUCUUGGCUCUUGUUGACAAGACCAGUCCGUUGUCCCUCAAACUGACCUGUAAACCCCACCGUGCGAUCUUUAUGUGAGAUUUGUUCUGCAGUCGUGAAAACUAAGUACUGAUUUGCUUGGCUUGCUCAUUGGAGAGUGAAGUUAGUUCGGGCGUCACAGGCUUCACACAUCUUCACUCUAGGCGUGGAUCACGUUCCGAAGAGCACUCCACUCAGGGCCUCGAGCAAGCUGGUUCACUGUGUCUUCACUUCGUAUUCGGCUUUGAUCGUUCUCUUUCCUCUUCCAAAAAGAGCUCCAGUUCAACAUUGUAUCUCUUGCUUCGUUUCUUAGCCACGGUGUUCGGCUGCAAGAUGAAGGCCUAUGUCCAUGCGUUAAAUUGUUGCAUGCGGCAGCGUUGAGAGCUGCAUGGAAGGCUCCCAUGAACAUGCAAGCUUUUUUGGCAGAGGCCUUUUGCCAGCGCCAAAUGUGGCAAGCGAAGAUGAUGCUGAUCAAAGCAAUCGAGCACCGCAGCCGCAGCCGGUACCUUUUGGUAGUGGCGUGGCCACCGGGAUGGCGUGUCCAGCUGGCAAAACAUCGCGGCCGGACACUUGUUUCAUGACACAUCGCUACGUGAAGCAGGAGAUUGCCUACCUUGCACGCCGCAUUGACGAAGUGGGGCGAUAUUUUUUAGCACUGGAGUCCAUGGUUGGCUCAGGAGCCUUGGGGCCAGUCCUGGAGCGCUGCUUGAAGGACUUGGAGGAGUGCCUUCAAGAGCCUGACAAGUUGAAGGAUGCUGAUGAGGUGCAAAGUUUCAUCGAUGCUGCCGUCCGACUGGGCUUGAGCCCGGCAAGGUACAAGCCAUUGCAGAAUCGCUUGUCUUGGCUUAACCAUGGCCGGCGUCACCAAGAGAUCCAAACCGAGUUGGCCACAGCUGCCCCAUUUGCUGACGAUGCAGUGGGACUUCAACAGAGUAUCGACGACGGUGUCAGGAGCGGCAUCGGUGCACAAGAGCUGCAGCGAGCCAGGCAGCGUUUGGAUCAGCUGAAGGAGAACGAGACCAAUGAAGAAAUGUUACGGGCAGCAUGCAGAGGUGAUUUCACCACAGUUGAAUUGAAACUCAGAAAAGGUGCAGACUGCAACUGGCAACAAAAAACCAGUGGGUACUCCUUGUGGCAUAUUGCUGCAGACACCGGUGACCUUACUCUGGCAAAUUUGGCCAAAUCCUUCAAUGCUCGAACGACCUUGCUUGACAGAUCUGGUUGGACCAGUUUGAUGGUUGCCUCUGCCAAUCAUGAUCGCCGUCUUGUUCGAGCCUUGCUCGAUGCCGGUGCAGAUCCUGGUGCAACGAGUGCCAGUGUUGAGAUGGUGCUGGAGUGCCAUGCCGAGGAGGAGUUGCAAUCUAUCAAAGCAAACCUUGAUGUCACAGGACGAUUGGAGAGCUAUCUUGCGACUCCAAGUCUUCCAUCUUUAGACACCGGUGACCAGCUCCUUGCAGGCGAAGAACUUCUACUGCCUACCUUUCGCCGAGUCUCUGGGCGAACAGCAUUGCAUGUGGCCCUUUUGCGUCCUGGCCAUGAGAGUGGCCGGCUUGCAGUGCUCAAGGAGAUUCUUUCUCAAGAUGUCCCUGGUAUCGUGAAUGCGCAGGAUGACUUGGGACAAAGUCCUUUGUGGUAUGCUGCCAAAGGAGGUUUCAUUGGAUGUGCCAGAAGUCUGCUUCGGGCAGGUGCUUUCGUUUCGCUGGGGUCCAUGUCUUCUUUGCAAGCUGCCAUGAGGUUUCUGUCUGCAACAGGCAGCACCAGGCUGACUUCCCGUGGUGAAGACAUCUUUCGUUUGCUCCUUCGAAACGGAGGGUCCGAUUGUGCUGAACAAGUCAGAGACGCUGAGACCUUUUUGGACACAGACUUGGCAGUGUGUGAGAAGCCUUCCAGCUUGGAAGAUGCCUUGGCCAGCCUCGGCGCAGCUGAAGCCAUCGAAGAGGGUUUCUUAGAUUAUAGCACGCAGUUAGAGGAGGAGUAUGAACGGCGACUCCUGAUCCAACGCCCUUUGUUUGGCAUGAGUCUGACUUCUGCGGAAGAAGCAGCGGACUUUGCCAAGGGCGCCCUCGAGGAGUUGACAGCGUUGGCGUACACGGUGGCGCACCCAGCAGGAGGAUAUGUGGAACUGGGCCCAGAGCCUUCUGCCAUACGCAUGUCCAGAUUGUAUCGACAACAGCAAGAACAUGGCCUGGUGUUUGAUGACUGGGCUGCAGUGGUUGGUGGCUGUGAGGCCACCCUGAUCUUCCCGAAGCUGGAAGAUGUUUAUCAAGCGCUCGCAGACUUAGAAAAAGCAAAGAGCUGCAGCAUUAGAGGAGUUAAAGACAGUUUGCUGAGUGGACUCUCCACAUUCUUUCGAGAGGAUGCCCAAGCAAAACUCAGUGUCCCGCGUUUUGCUACAGUUGAUGUGACGUCUGACCUUGAGGAUCUACCACCCGAGGACGCCGCGCGCGCGGUGGCGGUGCAGGGUCUGGCUGCGGCCACAGAGGUGGCGCUGCGAAACCUUGCUGAGGACGGUUCUGGUGCGGAGAGCUUGGGUGCGUUGGAACGCGAUAACUUGCUGCGUGGCCCAUUGUUCGAUAUAGAAUCUGCUGUCCUCCCAGACGUAUCAGUUUGGAUCGACUGCUCCGGCUGCGUUUGCUUGCUGCGGCUGACAACGGAGCGCGUGCAUGAGGUCGUCCAAGCCGAGUUGGAUUCUGGUCGGUGGGCGCUGGAAGAGUUGGCAAGAGCCAUGCAUUUAUCCUUGCAAUCGCCCGAAGGUACUGACACAGAAGAUGAGAUCUUGGAGAUCCUAGAUGCUGCAAAAACAAUUCUUGGAAAAGACUACUUGGCUCAAGUCUUGGCAAUUCCAUUGCAGGGCAGCUGGGCAUGUACAGUGGCUGGUUUGGCCGCGCACAGCGGUCUGACAAGCGUCUUGAAGAUUCUCAUAGACGCGGGUGCUCCCAUCAGCCAACCGCGCCUUCCAGCAUCUUGCGCGCCCAGGGGUGAUUACAGUCCAUUGUCCUUGGCGAUUGCGGGGCAACACUGGGAGUGCGUGUCUCUCUUGAUUGCUUCAGGUGCAGAUCCCUUUGAGUCCUGCUUGGACGACCUGACGAGAAGCCUUCACGCAUCGCAAGGCUUUCAGGA